ACAAAAACGCCCAUGACGUUAAUUUUGUUUUUUAUUCGAUUCUGUUUUGCACAGAGACCACCGAAGCGCCUGCCAGCUGUUUCUCGUCACCUGAGCUCCGCCACCUGUCCAUGACCCUCCAGGGUCUCCCGGCAACUCGGCCCCUCUCACAGGAAGACCUGCGCGAUUGCGGAUGCCCAGAUCGCCCCUCACCUCCUCCUCUUCCUCUUCCUCCUCCCCUCUUCGUCUGCACUGUCGGCCACUCGGAGGAUGGACGCCUUCUGACCGCGCGCGGCUGCACCUCGGAGGAAGUUUUCAUUUGGCGUGAGAACUUUCUCGUGGCUCUGAGUAAUGUCAGCACUAAGGAGGAAAUUUGGGGAAGACUACCAAGUUGUGAACACAUCCCGAGCAGCAAGCUACACCGCCCCCGUUAAGAAGAAGAGGCAGAGAUUUGUGGACAAGAACGGGCGCUGCAAUGUCCAGCACGGCAACCUCGGCGGCGAAACCAGCCGCUACCUUUCGGAUCUCUUCACCACUUUAGUGGACCUCAAAUGGAGAUGGAACCUCCUCAUAUUUAUCUUGACCUACACCAUAGCCUGGUUAGUAAUGGCUUCAAUGUGGUGGGUCAUUGCCUACAUUAGGGGGGAUCUCAACCGCGCACACGAUUCCACCUACACCCCCUGCGUGGCCAACGUGUACAACUUUCCGUCGGCCUUCCUCUUCUUCAUUGAGACGGAAGCCACGAUCGGCUACGGCUACAGAUACAUCACCGAGAAAUGUCCCGAAGGCAUCAUCCUCUUCUUGUUCCAGUCCCUGCUGGGCUCCAUUGUGGACGCCUUCCUUAUCGGAUGCAUGUUCAUCAAGAUGUCUCAGCCAAAGAAACGAGCGGAGACCCUCAUGUUCAGCCACGACGCGGUCAUCUCCCAGCGCGACGGCAAGAUGUGCCUCAUGUUCAGGGUGGGCAACCUGAGAAACAGCCAUAUGGUGUCGGCGCAGAUCCGCUGCAAGCUGAUCAAGUCACGGCAGACCCCGGAGGGUGAGUUUCUUCCUCUGGAUCAGUGUGAACUGGAUGUCGGCUUUGGGACGGGCGCCGAUCAGCUUUUCUUGGUCUCUCCUUUGACAAUCUGCCAUGAAAUCAACCCCAAGAGCCCCUUCUUUGAUCUCUCACAGCGGUCUCUGAUGAACGAGCAGUUUGAGAUUGUGGUCAUCUUGGAGGGCAUCGUGGAGACCACAGGAAUGACCUGUCAAGCCCGGACCUCCUACACCGAAGACGAGGUGCUCUGGGGCCACCGCUUCCUGCCGGUCAUGUCACUGGAAGAAGGCUUUUUCCGAGUGGACUACUCUCAGUUUCAUGCCACCUUCGAGGUGCCCACUCCGCCAUACAGCGUCAAGGAGCAGGAGGAGCAGAUGGCCCUGCCGUCGCCACUGAACACCCCGGCUCUGGGGGAGGCCAAGAUGGCCAGGAGGGAGCGAGUCUUCUCGGUGGACUGCAUCGACACCAUUGAGGAGCGCAGCAGCAGGCUGCCCAGCAAACUGCAGCGAAUGAGUUCAGGCAAAGAUGAGCUGCAGAGGAAGAUCCUGAGGAUGACGUCCCACCACUCGGAGAAGACCUGCAGCACGGGGGACCUGCCCCUCAAGCUGCAGAGGAUUAGCUCGGUGCCGAGCCAGGGGGACGUGGAGGAGAGACUGCAGCUCAAGGCCCUGAAAAUCAGCUCGGAGCCCAUGACACAGUCCACCGGGGACCUCGAACAGACCGUGCCCAUCACGCCGGUGGGAGUGGGGAGGCCCGAGGACAAGCUGCCUGCCAAGCUGAGGAAAAUGAACUCGGACCGCCUCACUUAGGGCUGGCAGCCUGCACAAGUAGUUUUGGGGGUACAACUGUGAUUUCAUUUUUUUUUAUUAUUUUUUUAUCACCUCCAUUCCAAAGUGGAGCUUUAGGAUGCACGCAAAUCAGGGGGUCCAUGACUGGCCCGUCGAGAGGUCAUCUCCUAGGUAGUUCCCACACCAAGCCAGCUCUGAGUGAAACAAGCUCAAGACACAAUCACACUCCUGAAAGCAGAGACUGCGAUGGCGAUAUGAACGUGGGGUGCCCCCCCGACACCUCACCCGCCUCUAGCUGUCCCACCUACAGAGCUGUCCUUGGGAUUUGGUCCCUGUGUCCUCAGGCCUUAUUCUCUACCAGCCACAUGAGGCCA